GCCUUUGUUCCUGAGUGUGAGGCCAUUUUUCUGGCUGACUUGAUCAAACAUAGCCAAAGUCACUCUUUUAGGUUAGGGUACUGCUGUCGGCAGUCUUUUUGGCCAGUUUGCCUCCAAUUCCUGCUUAAAUAUGCACGGCGACCCUUUGCAGAAUUGUGCGUUUAUUUGUGUAAAAUGUGAACUCAAUGUUCACAAACUAAGGGAACUUUGGUUUUUCUCUCUAAACCUAAAGGUAUGCAUUCUUGGAUAAAGUUUGUUUUUUUCUGGCUCUGCUCAUAUGAAAUUGUAUUAAUUAAUUGUACUCAAUUAAGCAAUAACACUUAAGUUAACAUUGUGGUAAGAUAACGUUCUUGUAAGGCAUGUUGGGGGUUGUGAAAUGUUCUUUGUUUUUUGUGUUGUCUUGCAUGAAAUCGGGCCAGCCAUACAUAAACCCCUCCCACAAACUGUAAAAAUAACCGAAGCUUGUCGUCUGAACUUAUAUGUUUACACUUAAACCUUUCUGUUUUGGUCUACUCCGUUACAAGUUUGGAUGAAUCUGGUGGGUUUCCCCAGACAAUUGUGCAUUUAAAGGAAGUGAAUUAUGUUUGGAUGGACUUCCCUGUGGAUGUCCUGGGCUCCAUGAGCCAAGAAGAUCUGCAGAGCUCUGCUGAGCUUUACAUGUCAGAUCUUCUCUACAGUAACCCAGACCGACCAGAGCAUUUCACACUGCCCAACUCCAAACAGAUUCCCCUCAGCGUAUCCACUGCGGGGUUUGUCCCACUCUACGGAGAGGACCUCAGUCAGAAGGUGCUGGCUCUCUUCGCUCCCGAGGACCAGUCCACAGCUGUAGCGCUGUACCUGGUGGAUCGGUGGUGGUCGGUGGAGGACAUCCUCAAAACUUCAGACCCUUCCAGAGAGGGUCUGCAGAAGGUGAACACACUCGGAGAGAGGAUAGUGCUGUAUGUUCUCAACCGCAUAGUGUACAGAGCCAAGGAAAUGGGAAAACAUGAAGUACCUUUUCUUUGUCACUGUGAAAAUGAUUUUGCCAAAGUCCUCUGGAAAGAUGGUGAGGCUAUCGGAUUUUACUCAAUCAAACCUGAAGGCAGCUUGUGUAACAGCUUCUUGACCCAGUGCUAUCAGCUUCCUGUCAUGGAUUCCCUGUUUGUCAGGAAGGCACACCGUGGUCAUAGAUAUGGCCUUCGCAUUCUGGAAGACUUUGUGGAUUGUUUCAAAGAGGAAGCCCUCGGUCUGAAGUACCCUCUCAGCCCAGCCAUGUACAGAGUGUGUGAACAGUAUCUGACAGCUUACCCAGCAGACACGGAGCUGCUUUGGGAGGUUCAGAGCGUAGGAGGCCCCUUUCAGAGGUCUCAAAUAGCCAACAAGAUCAAAACGACGACUUACAGAGCGGAGGAUUCAUCGUCAUCUUUGCUUCGAGAAUCGAUGGAGACUGAAGUUGUCACAAUGGAAGAAACCAUUCAGGGAACUGUGACAACAUCUAUUGAGAGCACGGAAGAAGUGGUGAUUAUUAAUAAGCGUAUCAAAGCAACAGAAGGCAUCGAAGGCACGCCUGUCUCAACUCGCACAAGGAGCGGGGAAUUCAGGCGCAAGAGACUAAGAAAGGAAACUGCAGGAGUUUCUGAAGAAUGCCUACCAGAGAAAAUCCACAGGGUGGAAGAAACCAAAGCUGUGGUGGAAGCUCCUGCUGCGGAGCUGGUAGCCGACGAAUCGGUAGAAGAGAAGGAAGAGAAAGGAGGCCUCAGUGAUGAGGUGGCGGACGAGACUGUGGCCCCACAGGAAGAGGACCGAAAGGAGGAAGAGGAAGCCAUGGAAGCUGGGCCUGUACAAAAUAUAGAGCCAGAGCCCAUGGACUGCAAUGUGAUUACCGAUGAAGAGCAAGAGGAGGGAGCGGCCAACCAGGAAUUGGGGGAGCCAGCGGCUUUACAGCGGAAGGGUAUUCAUAUGGAGGACAUUGAGAUGGACACUGAGGUACAGGAUACUGUACAUACAGUUCCUAAAGAAGUGGCUAAAGACUCUGCAGAGCAGGAGGUCUCUCCAGAAGUGGAGUGCCCCCCUGUAGAAGCUGCGCUGCCAUUGGAGGAUGCUCACUCGGACGAGUCUGCAGUAGUUCCUUCAAAUGUAACGGCAGAGGAAGAGGAAGACAAUGACGAAGAACCAAGCCCUGAAAUGGAGCAGACAGAAACUCAAGACAAAUCCAGCCCACUGAGAGACGAUGGGCAAGAAGAAGCAGCUGAGGAAGAGACAGAAGAGACCGAGACCUCCAAGGACUUCUGCGAUAAUGCUGUUCUGCUAGUUGAUCUAAAGGAGGUCUCCUAUCAACUAUCUGAGAAAGGUGGCAAUGAUCAAAUAGUAGAGGUUGAGAAGAAGAUACAAAAGGAUUGUAGUGAACAUAGAGUAGAGACAAUACUGGAGCAGAAUGAAUUGGAGAAAAAAGUGCAAGAUAAGGAGGAAGAUGAGGAUGUGACUGCAGAUGAAUCUCCUCUCGUGGACGAGACAGGAAAAGAAUCAGUUGAGGAGCUAGAGAAAGAAGAUGAAAUGGUAGAGGAGGGUGGGACGGGUCAUAAUAAAAAUAUGGAGGAGGAAGAAGGUGGAGAAACAACAGAAAAAGACCAAGCUCCAGUAGUAGAAAGUAGAGUUUUGAGAAACAAAACAAAAACACCUGUCAAAAAAACAACUGUACGUAGAUCCAAACGACUGAGCAAACGACAACAGAAGGAAGAAGAAGAAAAGGUAGAAGAAGACCGGGAGGAUGAGGAUGAAGAGAUGGAGGAGGAAGAGGGAGAAACAACAGAAAAAGGCAAGUCUCCAGUGGCGGAAAGUAGAGUUUUGAGAAACAGAACAAAAACACCUGCAAAAAAAAAAACUGUGCGUAAAUCUAAACGACUUAGUAAACGACAACAGAAAGAAGAGGAAGAAGAUGAAAAGGUAGAUGACCAUGAGGAUGAAGAGACAGAUGAGGACGAGGAGGGUGGAGAAACAACACAAAAAGGCCAAUCUCUAGUAGUGGAAAGUAGAGUUUUGAGAAACAGAACAAUAACACCUGUCAAAAAAACAACUGUGCGUAAAUCCAAACGACUUAGUGAACCACAACAGAUGGAGGACAAGACAGAAGAACAGACAGUAGUGGAGCCACCGGAGCCUUGUGCAGAAAUGAUAGUUCUGAGAAACAAGACAGUAAUGAUCAAAAAAACAUCUAUUCGUAGAUCCAGACACCUGAAGGAGGAUGAGAACAACCAAGCAGCAGCAGGGGAGGAAGAGGAGGAUGUGGAGGAGGGCAGGGUUGAUGAGCAGAGAGAGGAAACUGUAGUGAUGGAGGAGGGAGGAGCAAAAGCAGAUGGGAAUAAAGAGAUUGAGGGAGAGGAAAGGGACGAAGAAAACAAUUCUGGGGAAAAACAUGAGGUAGAGGAAGAAAAUGUGGUAGUGGAUGAGGCAAAGAUGGAGGAUGAGGCUGAAAAGGUGGAGGAAAAGAAAAAUGUGGAAGAUAAGGAGGAUGAGGUUCAAACAUUAACAGAGGAGGAGGAAAAUGUGGUAGUAGAUGAGGAAAAGAUGGAGGAUGAGGCUGAAAAGAUGGUGGAAGAGGAAAAUGUGGAAGAUAAGGAGGAUGAGGUUCAAACAUUAACAGAGGAGGAGGAAAAGGUGGUAGAAGAAGAAAAGAUGAUGGAUGAGGGUGAAAAGGCGGUGGUAGAGGAGAAUGUGGAAGACAAGGAGGAUGAGGUUCAAACAUUAACAAAGAAGGAGGGAAAUGUGGUAGAAGAGGAAAUGAUGGUGGAUGAGGGUGAAAAGUUAAGAGAGGAGGAGGAGGAAGAAAUAGAGGAUGAGGGUGACAAGCUGGUAGAAGAAGAAAAUAUGGCGGAUGAGGCUGAAAAGGUGGUGGAAGAGGAAAAUGUGGAAGAUAAGGAGGAUGAGGUUCAAACAUUAACAGAGGAGGAGGAAAAGGUGGUAGAAGAAGAAAAGAUGAUGGAUGAGGGUGAAAAGGCGGUGGUAGAGGAGAAUGUGGAGGAUAAGGAAGAUGAGGUUCAAACGUUAACAGAGGAGGAAGAAAAGGUGGUAGAAGAGGAAAAGAUGGAGGAUGAGGCUGAAAACAUGGUGGCAGAGGACAAUGUGGAGGAUAAAGAGGAUGAGGAGGGGGGGCAGGCAGAUGAGCAGGAGGAAGAGAUGGAGGAGAAAGAGGGAGAAACAACAGAAAAAGGUCAGUCUCCAGUGGCGAAAAGUAGAGUUUUGAGAAACAGAACAAUAACACCUGUCAAAAAAACAACUCCGCGUAGAUCCAAACGGCUUAGUAAACGACAACAGGAAGAAGAGGAAGAAGAUGAAAAGGUAGAUGACGAUGAGGAUGAAGAGAAACAUGAGGAAGAGAAGGGUGGAGAAACAACACAAAAAGGCCAGUCUCUAGUAGUGGAACGUAGAGUUCUGAGAAACAGAACAAUAACACCUGUCAAAAAAACAACUCCGCGUAGAUCCAAACGACUUAGCGGACAGAAGCACAAGACAGAAAAAGAACCAGAAGAGGAGCCAGAGGAAGAAGAGGAAGCGGUAGAGGAGGAUGGCAUGGAGGAUGAUGAAAAGUUGGAGGAGGAAGAGCAGAAGGGAAAAAUAGACAAGCCUCAGGCAGAAGGGAGAGUUCUGAGAAAGAGAGCAACUGUCAAAAAAACAUCUGUUCAUAAAUCCAAACGACUUAGCGAACGGCAGCUGAAAGGGGAUGAGACAAACCAAGCAGCAGCAGAGGAGGAAGAGGAGGCUGUGGAGGAUGACAGGGUUGAUGAGCAGAGGGAGGAAACUGUUGUGAUGGAGGAGGAAGGGGCAAAAGUAGAUGAGAAUAAAGAGAUUGGGAGAGAGGAAAGGGAAGAAGAAGCUGAACAAAAUGCUGGGGGAAAAAAUGAGGUAGAGGAAGAAAAUGUGGUAGUAGAUGAGGAAAGGAUGGAGGAUGAGGGUGAAAAGGUUGUGGAAGAGGAAAAUGUGGAGGGUAAGGAAGAUGAGGAGGGGGAAAAGGCAGAGAUGCUAGAUAAGAGCCUUGAUGAAGAAGAUGAGUCACAAGUGGUAAAAACAAGAGUUCUGAGGAGGAAGACGAAAGUAGUCACAAUAACACCAAAGCGCAAAUAUAAACGGCUCAGCAAGAAGGACAAGAGUGAACAAGAAUCAGCUGAGGAGGAAAAGGUGGAAGAGAAGGCGGUAGAAAACAGGGAGGAAGAGGAAAAGGUAGUGGAGGAGGAAGAAAAAAUAGUGGAGAAUGAGGGAGAAGGAGAAAAGCUGGAUGGAAAGGAGGGACAGAUGGAGGUGGAAGCAGUGGAAAUGGUGGAAGAGGAGGGGAAACAGAUGGAGGUGGUUACAGAGCAAAGGGUGAAAGAGGGUAAAGAGAUGGAGGAAGGUACAGAGGAAAGGGUGGAAGAUGAGGGAAAAAAGAUGGAGGAGGGUACAGAGGAAAUGGAGGAUGAGGAAAUGGUAGAAGAGAACAGGGAGGAUGACGACAAAAGGGCUGUUGUGGAAAAAGAGGGUGACAGUGCGGGAGAGGAAAAAGAGGCAGUGGUUCCUGAAGAAGGAGACAAAUUUGAAGAACAUGCUGGAGAGCCUGCAGAAAAGAGCUCAGCAGAACCAGAUGAGCCUUUAUUGGUGGAAGAUAAAAAUAUGGAAGAGGGCAUGACAGAAGGAAAGGGGGGAGAGCAAGAGGAAAAAGUGGAAGAAGAGAGAACACUGGAAAAGGAGGGGCAGGAAGAGGAAGGAAGCUCAGAAGAAAAAAAACAAACUACUAUAGACAAACAAGUAGACAUAGCAGAGGAGGGAGGGGAGAAAGUGAUUGAAGAAAAGGAGGGAGAGAAGGAAAGCAAUGUCACUCCUAGUGAAGAAGGAGAAUCAGCAGAAAAGAGCUCAGUGGUAGCAGAUGAGUCUUCAGUUGUUGAAAUUCGAGUUCUGAGAAGAAGAACCAAGACAGUCAUGGAAACCCCUAGACGUACAUCCAGGAGAGUCAGCAAACAACCACCAAAAGAGAAAACAACCAGCCAAUCAGUAGUGGAGCCAGAGGAGGAGACAGAGGAGUGGGAUAAAAACACAGAAGAGGACAGGGCAGAACAUAAAGAGGAGAAGACUACAAAGGAGAAGGCAGAGAAGAAUGCGGAACAAGAUGUGGACUUGAUGGAAGUAGAUGCUGUUGAAAAGGAUAAAGAUGAGGUGAAAACAACAAGAGUCCUUCGGAGGAUGACUAAAAUAAACAUUGUAACACCAAAACGCAAAUAUACACGCAGAAAACCACAAAAGGAGGACAAGAAGGACCAGGAAUCGGCUGAGGAAACAGAGGAAAAUGUGGAGGAGAAGGAGGCAGAGAAGGAGGAGGUGGGAAAUGUGGUGGAGGAGAAAAGCAUGGCUGAGCAAGAGGAGGGGGGAAAUGUGGAGGAUGAUGAGCAAAAUGUGUUGCAGGAGGUGAUGGAGGAUGUGGGAGAAACAACAAAGGCUGGGGAAGAAGAGGUCAUGAUAACGAAGGAGAAAGAAAUAUCUGAGGGAGAGGGGGAAAAGAUGGAGGUGGAGACAGUGGGUGAAAAGUUGGUAGAAGCAGAGGAAAAGGUGGUUGAGGAGGGAGAGAAGACAGAGGUAGUGGAGGAAACUGCGGCCACAGAAAAGGGAGAGCAGGAGGGGGAAGUGAUAGAAGAGGAGAAUGCCACAGCAGAGUCAGAAGAGGUUGUGGCCACAGAAAAGGGAGAGCAGGAGGGGAAAGUGAUAGAAGAGGAGAAUGCCACAGCAGAGUCAGAAGAGGUUGCGGCCACAGAAAAGGGAGAGCAGGAGGAGGCAAUAGAAGAGGAGAACGCCACAGCACAGUCAGUGGAGGCUGUGGCCACAGAAAAGGGAGAGCAGGAGGAGGAGGCGAUAGAAGAGAAAGCCUCAGCAGACUCAGCGGAGGCUGUGGAAGAUAACUGUAUGGAACGGGAGGAUACUGGAGAUGGGGGAGAGGCAGCUGAAUCUGUGGAGAAGGAAGAAGCUGGGGAUACCAAGGUCAUGGUGGGGGAAGAGAAGGAAGAAAGGGAUGAAGAGGCCGGAAUGGAGAGAGAUGUAGAAGUGGAGAUGGCCUCCUCUGCCGGAGAGGGCCACAAAGCUCUGCUGCUGCUCCCUAGCUCGGACGAGGCGGACGAGUCUCCCGUGUUGGAGAAGCGAGCUCAGAAGAGAAAAGCCAACGCAAGCACGGCAACGCCGAGGCGUAGAUCCGGGCGGCGCAGCAAGCGACGUCAGAAAGGCCGUGAGGAUGACCAAACGUCAGAGGAAGAGACGACCGAAGAGAGCGACGGGGAGGAAGAGAAGGAUGCGGGGUCCUCCGAGGAGGCCGUAUCGGUGACGCCUGUGAGAAAAAAAUGGCCGAAAAGGAAGAGAACAACAGUAACACCUGUGACAGUGGCACCGCGACGCAGAUCUAAGCGCCUCAGCCAAAAGUAAGCAUGUAGCAACUGGAAGUCAGGAAUUU